GUCGAAAUGAACAUCGAGAAAAGAUGGAGGAAAGGUCAUUAGAACGAAUCGGGAUGUGGCUGGAGCUAAUGAGCCAGCGACGGCACAAAGAGUCUCCCGUCGAUGCGAUCAGAACAUGCUGGAACGGGCAUGCCCGACGACGCAACCAAAAGCACGUAUAAAACGCGAGAAUGAUGUACACGACCCUCGGCGCCGGACGAUCCCUCCGCCACGGCUUCACCAGGCGAAAAUGUGUCCCCCUGUUCCGUCAAACACGGUCUACAGAGAAGCACUCCCUCGAUGUGCAUCUAUUCCUCUGUCAUCAGCUCAUCCAUCCCACCAAGUCCGACGCAUCCAAUCCGAUCCACAUCCGGAAAAUCGACACGAAGGCGGAUGGAGAAAAACGGCGAUCGCGUGCAGCUGCGCUAUGUAGAGAGAUACUAACAUGCGAAUUGCUGAGAGGGUUGGGAUGCCAUUGUGGAGGAGGACGUGAUGGGAGCAGAGGAGGGUGGAGGUGAAGCAAGCUAAUGCUUCGAGGGUUGGUCGAGGGAGAUGUGUCCGUUGUCGAUGUUUGGCACAGCCCAAAAGAUCUGGCGAAUAAUUUGUUGAUCGGAUCAGUGAAUUCUCAUUUAGAAUGCCGAAAUAACCACUCCGAAUUUCCGAUUCGCGCUCCCGGCGAGAAAGAAGGCGUUUUAGGAAGAGCAUAUGUGCGGAAAAUUACUCCGCUAUCAGAAGGUUAUAUAUUCCUCUGAGCUCGAGUCCACAUCUCUUGUGGGGAGUGGUUCCACCACAUGCGAUCCAGCCUGUCGCAGAAAUAUGGAGAGGUGAUAGACAGUGACUGAAAAUCAAAUGCCAACAAUCGUAAGAAGAGAGUUAUGUAAACGAACCCAUCACCCUGAUACGAAGAAAGCGUCGAGACUGAUACUUUCUGUGUCAAGGUUUCAGGCAAAGAUUGGAAAGAAGAUGAAUUUCGCGAUGGUUUUCUUGGAGAUUUUUAUGAAUCACACGUAAUGAGACCUGCAUUGACUUGGACCGACCCAAAAUCGAAGAGCUCUGGAAGCAGUGGACGCGUGUGUCCACUUGAGACUGUCACGUGAGCGUGGCGCCCUUGAUCGCAAAUAAUUCACGCCGACCUGCUCUUUUCCACACCUCGUGGUCUAGGUCGUGCAGCACGCGUCGGGUCAACCUUCUGAGUCCUGUCCCCGGACUCCAACCAUUUAACCGUCCUGAUCCUCCUUGUGUAAACAUGGCAUCUUCCUCUGGGUCCCCAUCCACAGUCGAGGUUCCCCAUCUGAGUGCUGCACCUCCCUCUCGCCUUCCCCUCAAGGGAGAAGAUUUAGGUGCGACAUGCGAAAUCUGCAACGUUUACCUCCGGCGUACGACGGACCUGCCGCGACACAUGCUUCUACACUCGAAGGAUAAGGAGUCCCUGAUGUUCCGAUGCCCCGUUGAAGGCUGUGGUCAUUCGACAUUACAGAAAUCAAAUCUCGCGACUCACAUCCGGACACACACGCGUGCAAAGCCUCACAAGUGUCCCGAGACCUUCCCGGACGGGCAGAAAUGCGACUUCAGCACGGCAGACCCAUCCUCAUUACACCGGCAUCGGAAACGCAAGCAUGGAUACACCCCACGGCAGAAGGCGAUCCCCACUCAAACGCACAGAUUCGUGCACACGUUUGCGGGCCUACCGCCGGAAACUCAGGCAGUGGAUGUGCCGGAGUCGUCCAAGGCUCAGGAGGGAUCGCUCGUGGCGGACCAUGCUGAGCGGAUGUCCGACUGCGAUUCUGAGGAAUCGUAUGAUAUCGUCGGUGCUGUCGAUGGGCUACCUGCGUCGGCAGAGGACGACAUCGAUGGCGAAGGCGAACCAGAGGAAGACACCGAGCCUGUUCUCAUGUCUCUUCCCUCCUCCACUCACGGGAACACAUCUGUCGAGCGUCCAGGGCCACCUCCCUUUUGUACCGUCCCUGCGCCAAGCUGAUGUGCACGAGCGCUGGUUUGUAACCGACCCAGACCAUUUCUCCAUAUCCAGCCUUCCGAGCACCCCGAUCGUUCACGCCACCUCCCAUUCCGUUCCCAAAGAUGUACCACAUUUACAACGCACGUUUUGGAUUGUGUGACCAGAAAAUGUGAGAUGCGGCCAUAAGAUGCGGUCGGCACUGCCUGGGUCCGUUCCAGUCUGGCUAACAACGACCUUAACGCCGCAGAUAUCCGCACUCUGUGGAGUUUGUCAAUUUUCGUGGCCAUGUGUAAGUCGUGUUAUGUAAGAUAUAAAGGGCCCGCGCAUAAGUAUGGCAUGAAUAUUUUUGUAUACGAGAGCUGUUAGAUC